AUUAAACUAAGGAUCGAGUACAUAUUUCUUGCAUGCAUGAUCUUAAUUAAAUUUGUUGGUAUGUCGUACCUAUAUAUGCACGAGUCGUUGUUACAUACCUGCGCAUGCAGUAUUAUGUUAGAUUCGCAUAUAAUUUUUGUGUGGAGAAAUAUUGAAGAUGUGACCAGGAGCUCAACAAGCAGCAGGCUUUAGGUAAGAUUGGGAAAGGAGGAGCUAGUACUAGUACUAUAUGGCUGUAUGGUAAGAGAGAGGGUUGUAUGGAUGGUGGAUAUGAGCCCUGAAGUGCACUCCAAGCUAGGAAGACAAAUAUUGCACACAUUAUUAUUAUUGUAGAUCUCUCUCUACCCUCCAAAAAGCCUCUCAUACUGUCCACAAGCCAGUACUACUACUUUCCAGUUCUCAUCUCUCCUAGCUAGCAUGCAUGCAGCAGAAGCCCAACUUUGGUGUGUUACAAGCUGAGCAGCUAGCUUAAGGAAGGUACCCUUAGUUUCAGCUGCAUAUAUAUGCUAUAGUCCAUGCAUGCCUGCCUGUCCCUAAUCAAACUGCUAGUACUAAUUAAUUAGUAGGUACAGGCGUGUGUGUACAGCUUGCUAGCUGCUGACUGUCCGUGUUCUUAAUUAGUUCUAAUAUUCAUCUGAUGCAUGAAGCUAGUCUCCCCGGUCGACCUAGCUAGCUUCAGAAUAUUGAUUGGUUUAAAGCCAAUCGAUCGAGGCAUAGAGAGUCACCAGGCAAUCAAAUUCCAACCAUCCAUCAGCUAGAUAUAUAUACAGCAAAGAUCACGAUACUCCUAGCUAGCUAGCUAGAAGAAUUGAUCGGUCGAUCGGAGGAAAUAGCAAUGGAUCGGCAUGAGGAGGAGGCAGGAGAGUCUCCAUGUGUGCCGCCGGGGUUCAGGUUUCACCCGACGGAGGAGGAGCUGGUGGGCUACUACCUCGCCAGGAAGGUGGCCUCCCAGAAGAUCGAUCUCGACAUCAUCCAGGAGCUCGAUCUCUACAGGAUCGAGCCAUGGGAUCUGCAAGAGCGUUGCAAGUACGGUGGGCAUGGCGGCGAUGAGCAGACGGAGUGGUACUUCUUCAGCUACAAGGACCGCAAGUACCCCAGCGGGACGAGGACCAACCGCGCCACGGCGGCGGGCUUCUGGAAGGCCACCGGCCGCGACAAGCCGGUGCUCUCGUCGCCGUCGACGAGGGUGAUCGGGAUGAGGAAGACGCUGGUGUUCUACAAGGGUCGCGCCCCCAACGGCCGGAAGACCGACUGGAUCAUCCACGAGUACCGCCUCCAAUCAAACGAACACGCCCCUACUCAGGAGGAAGGUUGGGUGGUUUGCCGCGCGUUUCAGAAGCCGAUGCCCAACCAGCAGCAGCACAGGCUGUCCUACGGCUGCAUCCCCGGCAGCUACGGCGCCGGAGCCUACGCCGCCGUCCCCGACAACUACAGCUUGCUGCUGCACCACGACAACCCUAGCUUCGCCGGGCGGCCAUUGAUGAGCGCCGCUGCCUCAGCUCUCUUCGCCAACAACAACAAUAACAGCGUCGUCGACCACAGCAACAUUCUGAGUUCAGAGUCCAAGCUUCACUUCUCCGACAUGAUGCCGCCUCUGGAGAGCCCCACCAUCGUCGACGGCGAGGGCUACGUCUCGCAGGCUAGCAGCUGCGUCGACGUCGAUCAGCAAGCCGGCAUCGUCGACUGGAACCUGCUCACCAGCUUGCUGCCGCCGCCGGCGCAUCAGCUCUUCCACCACCUGCCUUCCGCUUCUAGCUCCAAGAACAGCAACAACAUUUCUUCGUCAGGCUUCAUCGAUGACCGAGACUGAUCGAUCGAUCCAGAUCGAUUAUUAUCAAUUGACAAUUCAUUCAUCAUAUAUAUGCAUGAAUUCUUACAAAUACGCACAAUUAAACGAUCGAGUGUACUAUUAAUUAGUUGAUUACUCCGUCUCCAUGAUGUAUACAUUAAUUUGACCACUGGCCAUCAUCAGGCCAUCUGCAUGCUUACUAUCUAGCUUAUGUCAGUACACGGUUGUUAGUUCAUUCUUAAUUAAUUAGCUACUAGUGUCAGUGUGUGUAUCUAUCGGUUGUUCGUCUUUUGACCUCAUUGCUGAGAGAGGUUUGUAACUGAUGAUGAUUAAGUUAGCUAGCAUUUAAUUAGGUGCUAUAUAUACACAUAUAUAUGCACUAUCACUAUAUACAUCAUAUAUAUGUAUACAUAUAUCGUUGUCUGCUUAAUGUGUACACCACCUCUCUGCAGUAUAUAUAGUAUUGAUCAAUUAAUUUGUAUA